AUGUUUUCUGAGAAGAUGCGUUGGGAAGACUUGGAUGCUCGUCUGAGCAACCUUAGGUCCGAGAAGAUUCUCGAUUUUUCUACGAAGCUUCGACUCACUACUGUUCACACCACCGCUAGCUUCGAUGCCGACGUCUGCGGAAACGACGCAGAGCUGAUAAAGUACUAUGACUGUCAGUAUUGGUGUAUGCGGCUGGCAAGAGCAAGAGAAACCCAUUUUGCAGAAAGCGAUGCCUUCGAAAUUGUCUGUCCAAACCUCCGAGACGUGCUUCGGCACUGUGCCGACCAGGACGCAUCCUUGAGGACCUCUGCACACCACGUUGUUGCUAACUAUGGUAAAGGUGGCCUCCCGUUUGUGCAGCAAAUGAUUGCGGAUGCCAUGUUGACGCUGAUGGGGCACGUGCUGUCAGACUCCUCCGGAAUCAGCCAAGCGACCUUGUCGCAGGUAAUGCAAUGCACAUCCCACCUCGACAACGUUGUACGUACACUGGCGAAGCCUCAGCGUCAAAAGUGGGUGUCCCUGCUGGUCCAAGCCCUUGAGAGCCUGCGGGGUCAGAAAUCAGAGACGUUGAAAUUGAUCUCUGACUUGAAGCUCCUUUGGCGAGCUGAUGACGAUCCCAGUCGGAGCUACGCAGCAGCGGAGCAGCAGCUGAAGGCUUUGAAGAAGCAGACCGACAUGCAGGCCAACAGAGACGUUCCUUAUGCUCUCUGGGACCUGCUAUUGUGCUGA